UCCCCAUCUCCCCCUUCAGGAAAUUAAAUACAUCUCAGAAUUUACAUAGAAGGAAAGGUUUUUAUAAGAUUUUUCAAGUUAUUCGUUACCUGGUUGACUAGAACGCUCCCCUCCCCCCUCUCCCCCCUCUCAGCAUUCACUCCCCCACCUUCCCUACCCCUUUCAGAAAAUCAAAUUCAAAUAUUACGCAGAAGAUUUUUAUAAGAUUUUCCAGGUUAUUUAAGUUACCUGGCUGACUAGAACGCCCCCUCCUUCCCAUUCUCCCCCGACUCAGAGUAUUCACCACCCCCACCUUCACUACCCCUUCAGAAAAUUAAAUUAAAAUAUUACGUAGAAGAAUUUUUAUAAGAUUUUCCAAGUUAUUGUGGGUAAUUUUGGAACUUACGUAGGGAAAGGUGGUCUCUACUGAACUCUCAAGGUAAAUAAGGAAAUACUAAGACAUUUUUUGAGAUAGUAAAUAGAGAAGAUAAAAAGGAAAUACUAAGACAUUUUUUGAGAUAAUAAAUAGAGAGAGAAAUUAAAAAGAAAAUACUGAGACAUUUUUUGAGAUAGUGAAUAGAGAAGAUAAAAAAAAAUUAAUAGGGGUAAAUUAAAGUAUACAUUCCAGGAAAAAAGAUCGAUUUUUUUACGAAAGUUAAAAGAAAAAGAAGGAAAAGAAAAGAAAGAAAAUAAAAUAAAAUAUGUUCCUUUCUCAAACUUGUUAAAUAUUUUCACGAAACAUCAACAACAACAACAACAACAACAACCACCACCACCUUACCACACCACACCACACCACACCACACCACCUGCAUAUCCAAACACACACACACACACACACACACACACACACUAUCACCACCACCACCACAAACAAGACAUCAACACCCGAAAACACCCCACAAACACACCAGAACACCCCAGGACGCCCCUCCCUCUCCCUCCUCAAACACACAAGGAGGCCUAAAACAUCAUGGGGCGUGUCUAGCCAGUGGUGCCCUUAGACAUAGGCCUACAGAGAGGGAGCCCAUGGCGGGAGAGGCUCUGAGGGUGCUGGAAGGGCGCCAUGUCCCCUGCCGCCCUUGCCUCACACACCCACGCCCACAGCCACAGCCACGCCCACAGCCCACGUUAGGAAUGGUGCUGGGGGUCAUGGUGGUGAUGGUGGUGGCGCCGCUUCUACCCCAGACGGCUGCUCUGUGGCUUGGAGGGUGUGACGGCGCCCUGGGCAUGGAGUCUGGUGGGAUCCCUGACGCCGCCAUCACCGCCUCCUCCUCCCAUGACCACAUCGUCGGCCCUCACAACGCAAGGGUCCGCGUGGAGAAGGAGGGCGGAGCUUGGUGCCCUCGGAGUCAAGUGGCAGCUAAUUCUAGGGAGUAUCUGGAGGUGGACCUGGCGGGGGUGCACGUGGUGACCGCCUCAGGGACCCAGGGGCGCUUCGACAACGGCAAGGGGCUGGAGUAUACACAAGCCUAUAUGCUGGAAUACUGGCGCCCCGGUCUGGCCUCCUUCAGGGUGUACACCAGCGGCAGCGGUAACCAGACCUUCCCCGGCAACAUCAACACAUACCUGGAGCAGCGGAACGCCCUGGUGCCGCCCCUCGUCGCCAGCAAGGUGCGCUUCAUACCUGUCUCAUCGCACCCACGCACUGUCUCUCGCGUUGAGCUCUACGGAUGCCCCAACACAGGAGGCGUGGAGAGCUACAGCGUGGUGGAUGGGAUGGAGAAGGACCCGGGACUGCUACUUACCGAUGACACGUACGAUGGCUCACGAGGUCCCGGGCCCCUGCAGCGAGGUCUUGGCCAGCUGUACGAUGGGCAAGUUGGAGCGCCGCUGUCCAACCUGCAGCUACAGAGUUACGGCAGAGGCAAAGGCUGGGAGUGGGUGGGGUGGUCCCUGGCGCAGCUGCAGAGGGAGCCGCUUCACCUCACCUUCGUCUUCACCACCAUGAGGAACUUCACCAGCCUCGCCCUCCACGUCUUCUCCAGCCCCACAGAUGACUUCCAGGUCCCCUCCAAGGCUGAGGUGUACUUCGGCGAGGAUGGCACCAAUUUCCACGAGAAGGCUCUGGCGUCGCCCCCCACCUGGCCGGGCGCGCUGACCCCCGGCGUGCACAACCUGAGCCUUACCCUUCGCCACCGCCCUGCCAGAGUGCUCAGGCUGCUCAUCUACUUCCCUGGUCCCUGGCUGGCCCUUAGCGAGGUGUACUUUGACAGCGAGCCCUGCCAGUGUAACCUGACGGACUGGGCGGACGGCAAGACGACCUCCCCGGCAGAGCACAUCGCGGGACGACACGACGACCCCACGCGGGACGUCUCCACGGUGUCCGCCGCCCACGCCCACACGCGAGCCUUCAUGGGCGUGGUGGUGGGGUUCGUGGUGGUGGUGUUCCUGCUGGUGGCGGCGGGGCUGCUCAUCUACGUGAGGAGGCUGAGGAAGAAGAAGGCCUCGCCACACGUGCUCAAGAGUCCGCCCUCGGAGACCGCCAGCACAACCUUUGACCUCAAGUCCCUGCGCCUCCCGCCAAGCUUCUCCGGCGCCAGCACCAGCACCAAUGCCGGGGCGUCCCUGUACGGCCCAGUGGCGGUGCCUGGCGACGAGGGCUCCCUGUACCACGAGCCCUACAAGACGCCCCUGUUCAGCGCCUCUCAGUACAGCGUGGCCACCAUCGGCCGCCACCUCAGCGACCACAGCAGGGACGGCACCGCCACGCCCGCCCGCAGGAGUGUCAGCGGCCUUGUGGGUGGCGAAUACGCUCUACCCAUCCUCAAGACGCCCCCGCCCGCACUGGAGUCGGCGGCCUCACACUACACCACCACGCUGCCCUACUCCCACUCCACCCCCCACUCCACCUACGCCUCCUUCAGCCCCGCCCCAGCCCCUCCAUCAACCCUGCCCCCCGCCAGCCUCCCCUCCCUUUCCAGGUACACAGCCGCGCCCCCUCCGCCCCCCCUCCGCGUGCCCCCCGCUGUCACGAAGGCGGGGGUGAGCGUGGUGGGCGGCUGGGGCCCCGUGGAAGGACAAGGGGUGGCCCGGACGAGCAUGAAACCCCGCAGCGCCAGGCAGACACCCCGCCGCGUGCUGCACAGAUUAGCGGAGAGCGACUAUGGCACGGUGCCGUGGGCGAGGCGUCGGGCGGCGGGCGUGAGUGGGCUGCUGGUGAACUCAGAGACGGUGAACGGGAUAGGUAUUGGUGACAGACUGGAGGACACCAUCGCCUUCAGACACUGCCCCUCCCCCCCAACACAGCCACAGCCACAGCAGCAGGUUCCCUCAACGCGCAGGAUGGGCGAGGAGGGGCGGGAGUGGCGCCCCCCCAUACGAUCCCUCUCACAGGACGCGGCGACGACUGUGGAGGGCUGAGGGAGGAGGAAGAGGAAGAGGAAGAGGAGGAGGAGGAGGAGGAGCAGGAGGAGGAAGGCGACGGCAGCUGUACAGACCACCCCUCCCCCCUCCCCCUUUGACAGCACAGCACUGAGGCCACUGUG